CCAACGUUUAUUUUUUAAUAUCUUUUUUUUCGUGUUCCUUGCUACUAUGAGAAUCGAGGAUGGUCGUUUGCAUUUUAUUGGUUUUGCCCUGGACAGACCCACAUUGAGUCAGGCCCUAUGUAGCUGUUGUAGCGGAGUUGGCCGAAUGCAUUCUUGUGUUUGUCAACUAUCUGCCGGUCAGCGCUGAUGGUUGGGCGUUGGAAACCGCGCCAUAUCCUACGAAUUCCACCUGUCCAUAUCCAAAUCGGUCCUACACACCCAUCCCGGCUCGCCAGCCACUAUAACAAUACCCUCGUUCAUGAUCUCCUCUAUUUGCACUAUUCGCACACCCAUGCUGCCCAUGCGACCCAUGGACCCAAUCUUUCACAGCUAGACCCCUCCAACCCCUACCAAUCCAAUCGGAAGUUAUCGCCUCUUAAGGGGAACCGACCGCCCCGACCUUCCGCCCUCCCCAUCUCUACCGAGAACGUUACGCGACUCGAGCGCAUCAUCCUUCAUACAAUGGUGAAGGAGGCUGUCACCAGCAAAAAUGCCCUAGUGUCGGCAGCUAUGGCAUUCAAGGCGCUAUCUGGCGAGUCAUACCACGGAGGAGGCAAUUCCAAUUCCCUCGGGGUGCAAAUUAUUAAAUCCAAGUCCGGGGUCGCGGAGUUCAAGGUUCGCGCUGGGCUGCAAAUAUCAGCUCAGGUUGAACUGAGAGGGGAAAAAAUGUGGGAAUUUGUCGGAUCAUUGGUGGACUUUGUGUUGCCCAAGCUUCGAGAUUUCCGCGGUAUUCCAAUGCCUUCGCCAUCGUCCAGUUCUACAAGUCCUAGCGCUGUAUCCGGAGUUGUGGCCUUCGGACUACCACCAACUGCGAUGGGCCUGUUUCCCCAAAUUGAGGUCAAUGUAGAUUCAUAUCCCCGAUUGCCUGGGAUACACAUACAGUUCAUUACGAAUGCCAGGGGCAAAGGCGCGCAAGACCGCGCACGGGCAUUGCUGUCCGGGCUACGAAUACCAUUUAUUAGGGGGUAGGAAUGGGCAGGAAUUUUGAGAUGGUACACACAAAGAUGCAUAAUUUCCUUCCAAUGAACGCCGAGUACAAGUGUGAGCACUGGACGGAUAGAUGAGUGGACGUUUCAUUUUGGCGUGCAUCCAUACUGUUUGAUUUAUGCCGCUCAAAAAAAAAAGUGGGGGCCAUGUGUAUGUGUAUGUGGGAGGUCGGAAUGAUGAAGUCAAUGAGCAUGGGGCAUGACCGCACUGGAUUGGCGCAAGUGGUGUGAGGACAGUAAACGAAGUUCAAACCAAGAUAGGGCGUAUGGGAUGGCAUGAACUAAGUAAAUGGGUCUGGCUAUAUAUAGAUGUGCUGAGUGAUUCGCGUCCUGCCCGGACGAGGUUGAGGUAGCGU